AUGGCGGCUUCGCCGGCUCGAGAGCUCGCGCAAAACCCCUUGCAGAAGAUCUGGGUGCCCUACACCAAUGGGCUUCCGGCGAAACACAGCGCGCAACGCGGCGGUGAAGGAAAAACUUACAUAUCAAAAAAAUUGACACGCUACUUAAAUUGGAUUGGAGUGCCUACAAAAGAGUUUAAUGUUGGACAGUACCGUCGAGAUUUGGUAAAAACAUACAAAUCCUUUGAAUUCUUCUUGCCCGACAAUAAAGAAGCCCAGAAAAUCCGAAAACAGUGUGCCUUAGCAGCACUAAAUGAUGUUCGACGAUAUCUUUGUGAAGAAAAUGGGCAUGUGGCAGUUUUUGAUGCUACAAAUACUACAAGGGAACGUAGAGACACCAUAUAUAGGUUUGGUGAAGAAAAUGGAUUUAAGACUUUUUUUGUGGAGUCAGUAUGUGUUGAUCCUGAGGUUAUUGCUGCAAAUAUUGUGCAAGUGAAAUUAGGCAGUCCUGAUUAUGUUGACUGUGCUAGUGAUGAAGCUGCAGAGGACUUUAUGAAAAGAAUUGAGUGUUACAAGAAUUCAUAUGAGACGUUGGAUGAAAAUCUAGACAAGGAUCUUUCUUAUAUUAAAAUCAUGGAUGUUGGAAGGAGUUAUCUUGUAAAUCAUGUAAUGGAUCAUAUCCAGAGUCGGAUUGUUUACUACCUCAUGAAUAUCCAUGUAACUCCUCGUUCCAUCUACCUCUGUCGACAUGGUGAAAGUGAACUAAAUCUAAAGGGAAGAAUAGGAGGAGACACGGGCUUGUCCCAUAGAGGAAAAGAGUUUGCCAAGAGUUUGGGCCAGUUCAUUAAUGAUCAAAACAUCAAGGAUCUGAAAGUCUGGACAAGUCAGAUGAAGAGGACCAUCCAGACUGCCGAGGCUCUGAGAGUGCCUUAUGAGCAGUGGAAAGUUUUAAAUGAGAUUGAUGCGGGAGUCUGUGAAGAAAUGACAUACGAAGAAAUUCAGGAAAAUUAUCCAUUAGAAUUUGCUUUGAGAGACCAGGACAAAUACAGAUACAGAUAUCCCAAGGGCGAGUCCUAUGAAGAUCUUGUUCAGAGGUUAGAGCCAGUAAUUAUGGAGCUGGAAAGGCAGGAAAACGUGCUUGUAAUCUGUCACCAAGCUGUUAUGCGUUGUUUGCUUGCUUACUUUUUGGAUAAGCCUGCAGAACAAUUGCCUUAUCUCAAGUGCCCUCUGCAUACUGUCUUAACGCUAACUCCAGUGGCUUACGGUUGCAAAGUGGAAUCUUUAUUUCUAAACGUUGAGGCUGUAAAUACACACAGGGAUAAACCACAGAAUGUAGACAUUGUCAGACCUCCUGAGGAUGCCCUUGUAACUGUCCCUGCUCACCAGUGAAUCCUGUUUCCUGAUCAGCUAUGAAAGAUGUGAAUGUGUGCGUGAGUCGCUCUCGAGAAGAAGCCUUGAGGACCAUACCUAAUAAUUUGUAGCUCUCUGGACUCCCAGCACUGUCCGGUGUCAACAUUAAGGACACUUCUCAGGGACACGACGAUGAUGAAAGCCUUCGAAGGAGACAGCCAGCAAGGCAGAAAAAUGCCUGCUCUCUUCUUUUAAAAUGGAUUUCAAGACAAACUGAGCAUUAAAGGCAAAAAUGUACCAAGUAUUUAUGGAACCCAGGAUGAAAUUAGUUUUUAAUUUAAUAUAUUUUGUCUUCAGCCUGUCAUUUUUGAUCAUGAAUGUUAUAUGUACUGGUGUUGUUUUGAGAUUCUUCUAGAAUUAGAAUAUUUUCUUAAGCUGGUCUUUCUGUUAAAAACAAUCCUCCUCUGAUUAUUUUAUUCAAACCUUAUGUCCAUGAAAUUUUAUGUGCACAAAAAGUAUUUUAAACUUUUUCAUCUACUAGACAAUAUAUUUAUCAUCUCCACCAAAUUUCAUUUUUUUUUCAUUUCAUAAUUACAGUGCUUUGGUUGAUAAUACAAAAAACUACAUGUUUAUAAUAUAUUCAAUAUUAUAAAGUGGACUAUUACAAUUUCCAGUUUUGGGGUGGGGCAAUAAUGCUGUAGCAGUUGGUAUUUAUA